ACUUCAGGGUCACAGCCAUUUCAACUUGUAGUUGUGAUGAAGGGGGAGAUGUGUCUGCUGGUUGAAUAACUCAGGACUUAUGAAUGAGAAUACAUCACACACAACGGGGACAGAGGGAGGGAGAGCACAUUAUUGCAUUGGGAGGUUCCUGUCCUGGUGUAACUGUCACAGCAUAAUGGUGGCAUUUAAAGGGAUCUGGACCAAGGACUUCUGGAGGGCUGUGUCUGGAGAAUACCUGGCCACUCUCAUCUUUGUCCUUCUCGGUCUGGGCUCCACCAUCAACUGGGCUGCCGGGGAGGAGAAACCUCCCCCAGCUGACCUAGUCCUUAUCUCCCUUUGCUUUGGCCUGAGCAUCGCCACCAUGGUGCAAUGUUUUGGCCACAUCAGCGGCGGACACAUUAACCCAGCGGUCACUGCAGCUAUGGUUGUGACGAGAAAGCUGAGCCUCGCAAAGGCUGUGUUCUAUGUGGUGGCUCAGUGCCUGGGCGGUAUUACAGGAGCUGGGAUCCUCUACCUAGUCACACCUGCUGCUGUCAGAGGGUCCUUCGGUGUCACUACAGUGAACUCCAACAUCUCAUUAGGACACGGCCUUCUUGUGGAGCUCCUUAUCACGUUUGAACUGGUCUUCACUGUCUUCGCCACCUGUGAUCCCAAACGCUCAGACCUAGGAGGCUCUGCUGGCCUUGCUAUCGGCUUUGCUGUAGCUAUUGGCCACUUAUUUGCGAUCCCUUAUACAGGAGCCAGCAUGAACCCUGCUCGAUCCUUUGCACCUGCGCUGGUCACACUUAACUUUGAGCAUCACUGGGUGUACUGGGUGGGACCAAUCCUGGGUGCCAUCCUGGCUGCUGGCCUGUAUGAGUACCUGUACUGCCCUGACCCUGAGAUGAAGAAGAAGCUGAAGCAGGUCUUCCAAAAGGACCCGUCAGGAAAAUACAGGGAGGUGGAGUCAGACGACGUCGCCAUCAAGCCUGGAUCCAUCCACACCAUCGAUGUGGAGAAAGCCGAGAAAAAGGAAGCUUUCCAGGACUCGACGGGGGAAGUGUUGUCCUCAGUAUGACUAUCACGUGCACUGGAAAAGGAGACCAAUCUGUAGCACAGAAUGACAAUCAAAACUUGGGGGUAUCCAUCUUAAGCUUGUCCCCCGCCCCUCUCCUCCAAAGCAGAAUAUGAUUUCUGUCCACGAGGCUUCCCACUAAGGCUGAAUUACUCUCAUUGUCAUAAAGCUAAUAUGAUGUUAUGGCUCAAUCCCACAAACAUCUACAACCUGUUCAAUACUCCUCCCGAGGCCCUCCCUCAACGAUUUUUGUAGCAGUGUUGGCAUGCGGCACACAUUGCAUGCUGCAGGAUGACAGCCCGCGAUACGUUGUGUUAGGGAAAUAUGUGUGGGGUCAACCAAUUAUGUGGGGUCAUCACGCUGAAUUGGAGAAGUGAAGAAGAAAACGCAGGCUUGUUAUUUUUGGAUUAGUGUCACAUUUGGUCCAUGUACUGUAUAUGUAAUAACAGGGGGAGAUUUUCCUUGCAAUCAUUAAGCACAUUACAGGUCCCAUGCAAUGUAAGGCAGCUCUGACAGGCUUUAUUAUCAGAGUUGUAUUACAGUGCUCUCUAUUUUCAGUGCAUUAGUCAGGGAAACAACCAGUUCAUUCAUCUGGAAACACUCUGUAAAAGUCUCUCUCCACUUUUAUUAUGUCCAGAAUGAUUUUAUUUUUUCUACUUUCUUGAAAAUGUCUAUUUUGUAGAUCUAGAUUUGGUUCUUGUAACACGUCUUAUUUCUCUGUAUGAUCUGCUGUAUUUCAUGCUCACGUUUUUAAGUUAUUGAGAAGAUAUGUGGCUGAUCUAUCUUUAUGAUUUUGUGUUCAAAUAUGUGUUUUAUGCUCACAAACUGGAAGUGCUAUAAUAUGUAAGAGAUAUUAAGUUGUAAUAAUAAAGUUUUGUAUUAC